AUGAACCCUCUCAUAACCGUCGUCGGAGCCACAGGGACUGGAAAGUCCAAGCUUGCAGUAGACUUGGCCAAACGUUUCAACGGCGAAAUAAUCAAUGGCGAUGCGAUGCAGCUGUACCGUGGCCUACCUAUAAUUACAAACAAAAUUCCAGAAGAAGAGAGAGAAGAUAUAAAGCACCAUUUAAUUGAUUUUAUUGGUCUAGAAGAGGAGACAUGGCGCAUCGGCACAUUCAGGGACGAAUGUCUUCGAGUCAUACAAGAUAUACACUCUCGCGGAAAAAUUCCAAUCCUCGUUGGAGGAACGUCUUACUAUGUACAGUCUGUUCUGUUCAAUGAUGGUCUGGUUGACAGUGGAAAGGAGGAUUCUAAGCAGGCGCCGGAUGAAGAUUACAAUGUUCGUCAGGAAGGCCAAUCCGAGUCGAAAGACUGGCCCAUUCUCGAUGCGCCUGUCGAGACUAUGCUUGAUAAACUUCGGGAAGUUGAUCCUAUCAUGGCCGACCGUUGGCAUAUUAAAGAAGUACGAAAAAUUCGAAGGUCAUUGGAGAUAUAUUUGAAGACUGGACGACCUGCAUCCGAAAUCUAUGCGGAGCAGCAGCGGCAACGCCAAGCAGCUAUCAACAAUGUCGAAGGCGAAACAACAGGUCAGUUGAGAUACGAAACACUGGUUUUUUGGAUGCACGCAGAAAGAGAGACGCUUUACAAGAGACUAGAUACUCGGGUGGAAAAAAUGAUAGAGCAGGGUCUGGUUGCAGAGGCCCGGUCGUUGUUCGAGUACAAGGAGUCGCAAGAUACUCAAUUAGACGAAACCCGUGGAAUUUGGGUUUCUAUUGGACUUAAAGAGCUAGAGCCUUACUUCAAAGCUUUGCGUGCAGGUGGUUCUAGCGAAGGACAAAUAGAAGCGCUGAAGCAAACUUGUGUAGAGUCGGUAAAGACUUCUACCAGACAGUAUUCCUCCAGACAGACACGAUGGAUUCGGACCAAAAUAUGGACGGCGCUUGCAAGCUUGAGCGCGACAGACCGGUUAUAUGUUCUUGAUGCCACAGACCCGGAUGCCUGGGACCGGUGUAUAAGGGAACCAGCAGAACGCGUUGCGCAAGGAUUCUUGGGAAACAGUGAAAUUCCAGAACCUGAGUCGCUCUCGGAGCUAGCUCGAAUGACUCUCGAAGAUGCCAAGAAAUCGCAUGAAAAGCAAAACCAACCUGCAACUUUCUCGAAGCAGAUGACAUGCGAGGUAUGCCACAAAACGAUGAUGGGCGAAGAACAAUGGGAUAUUCAUGUUCGAGGUUCUGCACAUCGACGUGUAAUGAAAAGUGCUGCUAAAAGAGCGAAGCGCCAAGAAUAUUUGCGUAAUCGAGAAAUGGCUGAAGGCACUGUAGACAAGGUCUCAACUGAUGGAAAUUGA